AACUUUUGAGCCAUUCAUAUUCGAUAUCGAUGGGAUGACAAAUAUGACUUCACGAUGCUUCGUUGUUGUCUCUGCUCCCAAACCUGAAACCCCUCUGAAAAGCCGCCCAAAAUCCUAAAAUCUACCCCCAUCAAAUUUCACAAUUAGCUACGUUUUUGCUGUAUGGUGUCGAUCUUAUAAUUUGUGUAAAAGUUUUAGUUGACUAUACAGAAAAAUCAGGUAUCUCCAGUGGUCAUCAAGUAUUCCCGAUCUUCAGGUGGACUCAAAUCAAAUCUUUUUCACAAUUCUUCAAGGGUGUUGAUCUGGAAAUUGACUUCAGAAUUGUGGGUCUGAUUCAGAAUUUGUUAUCGAUUGGUGGGUAUUUCUUGAAUAUUCAAUCUUUAGUUAUUAGGGUUAAAUUUCAAUCCCAAUGGUCUUUUACCAUUGCCUAAUAUCAGUUGACCAACAUAUACACAUGGAUAAAACUGUGAAUUCGGCUGACCCUUGUUUGAAAUUGAGGCAAAUUAAUCAGUUCUAUAAGAAUAGAAAGACAUCCAAUUCCCAGAAUCAGUUGAAUAUUCCGGCUUGCGAACAAUCUCGUUAUGCUAUGAUUGAUGUAAUAUUCUUUAUUGUCACGAUUGGUGCAGUUGGGGUUUUGCUCAAUCCUUCUGUAAGUCAUUUAGUGCGCAAAACUGUUGAACUUGGAGAAGAAGUCGUAGAUGUAGUGAGAGAGGAAAUUGUUAAUGCUCCAAUUGUGUUUGGAUGUUUAGGACUUAGUAUCUUAUUCACUGCAAUAGCCCUUGUGAUAAUCGCCGUCUGUAUAGAUCGGAGAUGUGGGAAACCAGGCUGCAAAGGACUUCGGAAGGCUGCUGAAUUUGAUUUGCAUCUGGAGACGGAGGAGCGCCUAAAGAUGUACAACUAUGCUGCAACGAAUGGAUUGAAGAAGGGACUUAUUGAAUUGCCCCGUGAUCACCAUAGGGAAUUGGAAGCUGAGCUGAAGAAAAUGGCACCGCCUAAUGGAAGAGCUGUUCUGGUGUUUCGAGCAAGAUGUGGGUGCUCUAUUGGAAGAAUGGAGGUUCCAGGCCAAAAGAAGUCUAGAAAGGUUAAAAAAUAGUGUUGAUACUAUACUUAUUUCAUAGGAGGAUAUUCGAUACUGAAUUAGCCAUGAUGAUGAGCAGAUCCUUUUCCAGUUUAAUCUUUUCUGAACAAGUUAGAUUUGAAUAAGCUCAAUAACUCGUGGGAAUAAGUUAUGUGGACAGUAUACAUAAUUGAUUAAUAUAGGAAUAUAAGGAUAUGCCGUUUCUUUCAGCCUUUAUUAAUAUAAGAUCAUAUUUACAUUUA